UGUGAUGACUGCACCUGGGUGAUUGAUUCUGGUGCAUCUUAUCAUAUUACUUCACACAGGGAGUACUUCUCAUCCUACACUAGUGGUGAUUUUGGCCAUGUGAGGAUGGGAAAUGAUGGUUCGUCCAAGAUCAUCGGUAUGGGUGAUGUUUGUUUAGAGACUUCCACUGGUUGCAGGUUGGUGCUCAGGGAUGUGAGGCAUGUCCCAGAUAUUAGAUUGAGUUUGAUUUCAGCUGGUCUACUUGAUGAUGAAGGUUAUGCCAACAACUUUUGUGAUGGAAGAUGGAAACUCUCCAGGGGCAGCUUGAUUAUGGCUCGAGGUAAGAAGCAGAAUUCACUCUAUGUUAUGCAGGCCAGAGUAUGUAGCGGAGAUGCCAAUACAUUGCCGAAGGAGAAGCUCAUGUUCUGCCGUGAGAAGGCUGGUUUGUUUGCUAACUCCAUGUAGGAGUGAGGGGGAGAUUUGUUGGGAAAUAUCCCUCCUACAUGGAGGAAGUGUCCAAUUUUAAUUGGACAAAUACUUUACAUCUAUCUUUUAUAUUUGGGCUUAUUUUUUGUGUGUAAAGCUUGAGCCCAAAUGUUUUAUGGUGGCCCAUAUACUAAAUAAAUGAAAAAAAAAGAGUGAAAGAGAUAAGGUAGCACAAAAGCAAAAAGAAGUGGAGAGGAAAAAGGGGCAGUAGCUAACGCAUGAGAAGAGGAAGAAAAAUCAGGUUUCCGCCACUGUGCAGCAGCCACUUUUCUCGUCCGGAUCGAAGGCCAAACGAAGUCUGAUCGUACUCAAAUUUUAGUAUGUUGUUCCUCACAUACUCCUCUUCAAAUCCAACGGUCAGUUUCUCGUUUUGAUGCCCGGAAAGUGGUUUUCUUGCUGCGUUUUCAGACCUGCGUUUUUGGGAGUUUUUACUCCAUUUUAUGGUGAAUUGUUGAUUGUUGUUUGUUCCAAGGUUGCUCCUUGAUGAUUGUGUAUGCCUCUAGUGUUUACUAGAGAGGAGAACUUGUUGUACCCACUUGAUUCUUGGUGAUUAGUGGAAGUUUGGGCGCCGUUGUUGAGCGGCCGUGGUUUUCUCCCCAAUUUGGGGUUUCCACGUAAAUCGUGUGUCAUCUAUUUUAUUAUCGCUGCCAUUUAUUUGUGUGUGUGCUGCUGAUUUUUCAGAGUUCAUUGUGCUUGUUAUUCAUCUCAUUAAUUUGGGGAAAAGAUUUUAUACGCUUCCGUUGUGUUUUGUUCCGUGCUUCCCCAACAGGCAGCAGCGACACUAACUUCUACUCUUCGUACACUAGUGGCAGCAGUGUGUUACGACCGCAUCCAAGGGCGAAGAGCAUGGCGGACCAGGGACGCAAGCACCGGAGCAAGGAGGCGUAGAAGCACAACCAUACAGUGAGUUACGUCGGGGGUCGCGGAAAGGAGAUCGACCUCCGACGUGGCGAAAGGAUUACGAGACUUAAUAUUUUAGAUGUUAUUUAAUUUAUUACCUUUGUACUUUAGAUUUUCUUUAGGUGGGCGAAUUAUAAGUUCUUCGAGGAUUUUUUUCGAUUCCUUACCUCGAUGCCUUUCUUGAACGGACAUGAUAGACAAUUAGUUAACUAGGGUUUCGGGAACUAUUAUUUAAGGAGUUGUAAACACACGAAUGGGAAAAUAAUAAUAAGAAUAUCAACCU